AACCGUCUGGGACCCACUAGCCCCACCUCCUCAUUCAAUGACUUUUGCAUUAAAAGCUAUUAAAGGUCAACUCUAUCCCACUGUCUCCAACUAAUGAUAUCUUGUCCUUUUCUCCUCUCUCUCUCUCUCUCUCUCUCUCUCUCUCUCUCUCUCUUCCUGAUUUUACCCGCUCCUUAAUCCAACGGCUAUUCUCACCCUUUUGACCUUUCUUUCUCUCCCUCCCUCUCUCUCUCUCUCACUCAAAUUUGAAACCCACCCUGUAAAUGGGCCUUUCCUAAACAGAAGAGUCAAAUGUACUGACAAUUUCUCUUACGUGGAGCCUUCUAAUUGGUUGGAGUGUUUGACGGCAGACCGACCAGAAUCAAACCGGUCAGUUGCCCGAUGCCUUGCAUAGUGAGGGCAUCAGUUUGACUCCAAUCCUUUCCUUCCCCCAAUUCUUUUAUCAUCUUUUUCCUCUUCUCUUUCACCACUUUCUUCUUCCCAAUCCCCUCCCUCUCCUUCUCUCUUUUCUAACAAUUUCACGUUUUUUUUUCUUUCUCAGUAUAAAUACUCUUCUCCUUCCUCCUCUGCUUUCAUUUCAUAUGCUCCUUCUCAACAAUAACAUGGCCGUGGAGCUCAUGGUGGGGUUUGGGGAUGCUACCACCGCUACUAAUUUCACGCCCAAGUUGGAAGAAAAUGCCGCUGUUUCUGCUGUUCAAGAAGCCGCUUCUGCUGGGAUUCAGAGCGUCCAGAAUUUCCUCCGAUUGAUGUCCCAUACCCCUAAUCAACACCACUCCCAACACGAUUCUUCCACCUCCACUACUCCCAAUGCUAUCGCUCCAUACGAUGCCGUAGCCGAUUCCGUCGUCAGCAAUUUCAAGAAGGUCAUUUCUUUGCUCGAUCGGAAUAGAACCGGUCAUGCCCGCUUCAGAAGGGCGCCGGUUCUUCAUACUCCCCCGCCGCCUCCUCCACCGAAGGUCAAGCCGUUGCAGCACCAAGAUCCGAGUUCGUCAUCAGCCCCUCAGGUUCAAGUAAAGAAACAGGAAUCAGUCUCUGCUUUUAAGGUUUAUUGCCCCACGCCCUCCUCUGUUGUGCGUUUGCCUCCUCUGCCUCACAACAACCCCCAUCAGCCUUCUCAUCCACCGAAUACUUUCCAAGCACAGCAAAAUACUUCGUCGGUGGUACUAAAAAAUGGGUCUGUAGAUAGAAAAGAUCCGACUACCACCAUCAACUUCGUAGCCUCGCCCCCGAUUUCCGCUGCAAAUUCCUAUAUUUCAUCGCUAACCGGAGACACCGAAAGCUUACAGCCAUCUAUGUCAUCUGGGUUCCAGUUCACCCACAUGUCCCAGGUCUCUUCCGCCGGAAAGCCCCCACUUUCAACCUCCUCGCUAAAGAGAAAAUGCAAUUCUAUGGACGAUUCCGCCAUGAAGUGUGCCUCAUCCUCCGGUCGGUGUCACUGUUCUAAGAAGAGCAGGAAAAACAGGAUAAAAAGAGUCAUCAGAGUUCCCGCGGUGAGCUCGAAACUUGCGGAUAUCCCACCGGACGAUUACUCCUGGAGAAAGUACGGCCAAAAACCCAUUAAAGGCUCUCCCCAUCCAAGGGGAUAUUACAAAUGUAGCAGUCUGAGAGGCUGUCCAGCACGGAAACACGUAGAACGUGCCUUAGACGAUCCAACAAUGCUGAUUGUAACUUACGAAAACGAUCACAAUCACGCCCACUCCACCGAAACACCUGCAACGCUUGUUCUGGAAUCGUCAUAAUAGUCAACUCAUCCAACGCCCACAGAUCUCCAUCAAUAUUAUAUAAAUAAAAUUAUAGGGAACCAAUGGUCAACGCUGGGGCUUGAGCACCGUCUCCAAGAAGAUUAGUAGUAGGUGCGCUGCGCUGCGCGGCGCUGUGCUGUGCUGUGCUGUCUAUAGAAAAUUAGGAACGCCCCCUUUGGUGUUUUCCUCUUCUCUGUGUGUCCCCUCUCGUAUGAAGGUUUUUGUUUUCUUGGGAUUUGGAAAUUUGAAGGGUGUGGGAUUGGGAGAGAGGAAAAGCAUGGGACGGUGGGAUUUGGUGGGUGUUGAGUCACGCUACUAGUGGGCCUUUUGUUCUCUUUUAUAAACUUUCUUAUGCUCUCCAAUAUUAUUAUUCCUUCACCA